AUGUCGUCGCCGUUGCCGGAUUUCUAUUCGUCCCAAUUCUCCAUCACCUCGCCACGUCGCAUCCCCAAAUCGAACUUUACCUAUAAACAACUCCACCAGCUCAAGUCCUGCAGCCCACAAACCCCUCUUCGCGUAAUUGCACACGUCGAUCUCGAUGCCUUUUAUGCCCAGUGCGAAACCGUUCGUCUGGGCAUCGAUCCCUCAAAGCCCCUCGCUGUGCAACAAUGGCAGGGCCUCAUAGCAAUCAACUACCCCGCGCGCGAAUUCGGGCUAAAUCGACAUGUCACAUCCACCGAGGCGCUGAAGCAAUGCCCCGACCUCAUCCUACAACAUGUUGCGACAUGGAAAGAAGGCGACGAGAACUGGGCGUACCAUGAAAACAGCUUCCGAGACAUGGCGACGCACAAAGUUAGCCUGGACCCAUAUCGCAAGGAGAGCCGCAAGAUUCUCAAAUGUAUCAAAGAGAUUUUGCCCGAGAAGGAGCAGCGUGUGGAGAAGGCGAGCAUUGACGAAGUAUUCAUGGACCUGAGCGCGCAGGUACAUACUAUCCUUUUGGAGAGAUACCCCGAGUUGAGAGGGCCGGCACCGUACGACGAUCCAACAGAGCCGCUACCAAAAGUGCCAACAACAGUGCUAGAUUGGGCCGCUGACGCGCUUGUGGGGACGGGUGAGGAAGACGGGGAGGAUAGAGACCCGGAUUGGGAUGAUGUAUGCAUGGUGAUUGCAUCCGAAAUUGUUCGGGACGUAAGGAAACACAUCAAAGACACACUUGGAUACACAUGUUCUGGCGGUGUGGCCAGAAACAAGAUGCUUGCGAAGUUGGGCUCAGGGUACAAGAAGCCGAACCAACAAACCGUCAUCCGGAACCGCGCAGUCAAACAUUUCCUAUCAGACAUGAAGUUUACCAAGAUUCGAAUGCUUGGAGGAAAGUUAGGAGAUGAGGCCGUUUCCACUUUUGGCACGGACAAGGUUAAAGACCUCAUGGAGCAGCCAUUGGAUCAACUGAAAAAGCUGGGUGACGAUACGGGCAGCUGGUUGUACUCUAUCAUUCGAGGCGAAGACAACAGCGAGGUUAAUCCGCGUACACAGAUCAAAAGUAUGCUUUCGGCAAAGUCCUUCCGGCCAUCGAUCAAUUCUUUUGAGCAAGGUGUGCGAUGGCUGCGCAUCUUUGUCGCAGACAUUUUCUCAAGAUGUAUGGAAGAAGGCGUGCUAGAGAAUAAGCGACGACCCAAGAGUAUCAAUCUCCACCAUCGACAAGGCACACAAACUCGAAGUCGCCAAGCACCAAUUCCUCAGGGGAAGCCUCUGUCCGAAGCAAUUCUGUUUGACCUCGCAAAGAAUCUGCUAGCACAAACGGUUGUUGAUGGGCGCGCCUGGCCUUGUUCAAACCUUUCGUUAAGCGUUGGUGGUUUCGAAGACGGCAUCGCAAAUAACAAAGGUAUUGGCGGCUUCUUGGUACGAGGCGAGGAAGCAAAAGCCAUGAUGUCAACUGGCAGAGUUACAAGCAGUAGCAGCGAGCCGCCAGCCAAGCGACGACGAACAAAGGGCAACAUUGCCAAUUUCUUUGGGCCACGAGACGACAAGAAGAAAGAUUUUGAUGCGGCGAGGGCGGUGCUGUUGAAAGCACACACCGAGUCCACAAAGGAAGAAUUAGAAGAGGACAUGGGUCCACAAGAAGAUGAGGAUGCAUUAUUUGCCGGAGACGGCGAUGAAUUCGAAAGACCAUCUACACCUCCUCUGAACCGGCAUAGUUCACAUGGGGAGGCGUAUCCUCCAAACACUCCUCCAUCAGCUCAACCGCAGUCCGUCUCAACUUCUCCACCUCCACAUCCUCGUGACGACCCACAAACACCAGCUCAGCGUCCCGAAGCACCUGCCCAGCAGAAGACCAUAGAUAGGUUUUUCUGUCCCAGGUGUAACAUACACCUACCGGCUAGCGAGAAGCCCGAACAUGAAGAUUACCACUUCGCACUCGACUUAUCGCGUGAAAUGCGGCAAGAAGACCGGACGCCGGCGGUACCGCCUUCUGGUGCUGCGAGUGGAAAAAGAGGCGCGAGUGCAUCGAAACCGUCACGAGGACGUGGGAGGCCGCCUGGUGGUAGCGUAGAAAAAGGACAGGCCAGGUUGGCUUUUGGCAAGAGUACAUGA